AAACCAAGGUGUAUGUCGGUAACCUGGGCACCGGUGCUGGUAAAGGAGAAUUAGAAAGGGCAUUCAGUUACUAUGGGCCCUUAAGGACUGUAUGGAUCGCCAGAAACCCUCCAGGGUUUGCCUUUGUGGAAUUUGAAGAUCCUAGAGAUGCAGAAGAUGCAGUUCGUGGAUUGGAUGGGAAGGUGAUUUGUGGUUCUCGAGUGAGAGUUGAAUUAUCGACGGGCAUGCCUCGGAGAUCUCGUUUUGAUAGGCCACCUGCCCGACGUCCCUUUGAUCCUAAUGAUAGAUGCUAUGAGUGUGGUGAAAAGGGACAUUAUGCUUAUGACUGUCAUCGCUAUAGCCGUCGAAGAAGAAGCAGGUCACGAUCUAGAUCACAUUCCCGAUCCAGGGGAAGGCGAUACUCUCGCUCACGAAGCAGGAGCCGGGGAAGAAGGUCAAGAUCAGCAUCCCCUCGAAGAUCAAGGUCUGUGUCUCUUCGUAGAUCAAGAUCAGCUUCACUAAGAAGAUCUAGGUCUGGUUCUAUAAAAGGAUCGAGGUAUUUCCAAUCGCGUUCCAGGUCGAGAUCGAGAUCCAGGUCUAUUUCACGGCCAAGAAGCAGCCGAUCAAAAUCCAGAUCUCCAUCUCCUAAAAGAAGUCGUUCCCCAUCAGGAAGUCCACGAAGAAGUGCAAGUCCUGAAAGAAUGGACUGAAGUUCUCAAAUUCACCCUUUAGGGAAAUGUUUUGUUUACAUUAUUAUAAGGGAUUUGUUAUGUCUGUAAAAUGUAACCUAGGAAGGAUCAUCAACCAUCUAAUCAAAAUGGAUCUGGGUUAUUAUAUUGCUCUGUAAAAUUCACAGCAGUUAAAUAUGUUUUUGUUGAAUGUAAUAACAUCUUAUGGUCUGAAAAUGUGGGUUUUUAUUUGGCACAUUUAAAUAAAAUGUUUCUAACUAGAUUUUUUGUGUUCAAUAUUAAUAACUUUGCAAUUUGGUAACAUCAGGUGUCAAAAUGUUAUUGACUAUAUAUUGGCCUGUACAAAGUUUAAUGGUGUUGGUUAAGUAUUAAUAUCAUUAACUGUUAUAUCCAUAAUACUGGCCAGGAUCUUAAAGGACUUUUAAAUUCCAUUUUACCCUUGUACCUUUGGGUUAAAUGAUUGUGAGUCCCGUUAAUAGCAUGAAUGAAUGCAUCAUGGCAGAUCCCUAACUGAGAAUUGGUGUUAACUAGAAUUCAAGCUAACAAUCUCAAAUUGUCAAGCUAGAGGGACCACUGAUUUAGCCUAUAAAUGGGUGCAUGACAGGAACUUGGCAUAAAUGUCACAUUAAGUAGAAAGAAAGAUUUCUAGAGGCAGAUCUUAGUAGCUGUGUUUUUUUUUUUUUUUAGACUAUUAAGUUGGUGGUUUUUGCUCAAUGUACUUUUUUUUUUCUUUCAAACAGCCAACUUAAUACCAAAAAUGCAUGUUUGAAGAAUUGUCUGAAUUUGGAACAAAACCUUGUAAACCAGCUUUGCAAAAUUAUUCAGCCCUCUGUUCCUUUGAAUAGAUUGCCUUAUCCUGUGCAAAAAAACCUGUUAAUAUCUGAACUAGAUUUUGCAGUUUCUGACAACAUUGUUCUAUUUUGCCAAGCUGGUAUAAAGAGAUGUUAAGAAAAAAUGUUAAUGAGACAAAGCAGUUUUGUAGACCUGUUUAGCAGCAUUUCAUGUAGCUUUUGUUUUGGGUUUUUUGUUUUUAAUAGUAUCUGGUAGACCUUAGAAUGGUAUAGGUUCUUAUUCAGACUUUAUGUAUACUAAACAUUGGGGCCGUAACAGUUAUUUUCGAGUUUUUUUGUUUGUGUUUUUUUUUUUUUUUCCAAACUUAUUGUUGUAUUUCUUAGCCUUGAUGUAAAAGCAAGUAGCACAGGAGUCUGUUCUUGUCCAUUUUAGGCUUUUUCAACAGAGUUGUCUAAUGGUAUUGCAACUUCAAUACUGGUCUGCCUCAACCUUAUUGGCUGAUCACUAGUAUGAUGGAAGUCAUUUGGAUUCUUUGGUUUUAGAAUUUGAUUGAAUACAUGGUUGGUAUGAAGCUAUGUGUGUAACGGCAGUCUUAUCUGUUGCACUUGGUUAGCUUUAAUUCUGUAUUCAAUGAAAAUUAAGUUUGUUCAACAAUAAAUCUGCAGAGAUUGAACAAAUAA